CGGCGGCGGUGGUGGCGGCGGUGGGGUGGCGGGAGCGGAGCGGCAUGGCCACGGCGGCUUCUAACCCCUACCUGCCGGGGAACAGCCUGCUCACGGCCGGCUCCAUUGUGCACUCGGACGCGGCCGGGGCGGGCGGCGGCGGAGGGGGCGGCGGCGGCGGCGGGGGGGCGGGGGGCGGCGGCGGCGGCAUGCAGCCCGGGAGCGCCGCCGUGACCUCGGGCGCCUACAGGGGGGACCCGUCCUCGGUCAAGAUGGUCCAGAGCGACUUCAUGCAGGGGGCCAUGGCCGCCAGCAACGGCGGCCAUAUGCUGAGCCACGCGCACCAGUGGGUCACCGCCCUGCCCCACGCUGCCGCUGCUGCCGCCGCUGCCGCCGCCGCCGCGGUAGAAGCCAGUUCACCGUGGUCGGGCAGCGCGGUGGGAAUGGCCGGCAGCCCACAGCAGCCGCCACAGCCGCCGCCGCCGCCGCCGCAGGGCCCCGACGUGAAGGCAGGCGCUGGACGAGAAGACUUGCACGCCGGCACCGCGCUGCACCACCGCGGACCGCCGCACCUCGGGCCACCCCCGCCGCCCCCGCAUCAGGGCCACCCUGGGGGCUGGGGGGCCGCUGCCGCUGCCGCCGCUGCCGCCGCCGCCGCCGCUGCCGCCGCUCACCUCCCGUCCAUGGCGGGCGGCCAACAGCCGCCGCCGCAGAGUCUACUGUACUCGCAGCCGGGAGGCUUCACGGUGAACGGCAUGCUGAGCGCGCCCCCGGGGCCUGGCGGCGGCGGCGGUGGUGCAGGCGGUGGAGCCCAGAGUCUGGUUCACCCGGGGCUAGUGCGCGGGGACACGCCCGAAUUGGCGGAGCAUCACCAUCAUCAUCACCACCACGCGCACCCGCACCCGCCGCACCCGCACCACGCGCAGGGACCCCCUCAUCACGGCGGCGGCGGCGCAGGGCCAGGACUCAACAGCCACGAUCCGCACUCGGACGAAGACACGCCAACGUCUGACGACUUAGAGCAGUUCGCCAAGCAGUUCAAGCAGCGGCGCAUCAAGCUGGGCUUCACCCAGGCCGACGUGGGGCUGGCUCUGGGCACGCUCUACGGCAACGUGUUCUCGCAGACCACCAUCUGCCGCUUCGAGGCCCUGCAGCUCAGUUUCAAGAACAUGUGCAAGCUCAAGCCUCUGUUGAACAAGUGGCUAGAGGAGGCGGACUCGAGCACCGGCAGCCCCACGAGCAUUGACAAGAUCGCUGCACAGGGCCGCAAGCGCAAGAAGCGGACCUCCAUCGAGGUGAGCGUCAAAGGCGCGCUCGAGAGCCACUUCCUCAAGUGUCCUAAACCUUCGGCGCAGGAAAUCACCAACUUGGCCGACAGCCUGCAGCUGGAAAAGGAGGUCGUGCGGGUCUGGUUCUGCAACCGGCGCCAAAAGGAGAAACGCAUGACGCCCCCUGGCAUCCAGCAGCAGACGCCGGACGAUGUCUACUCGCAGGUGGGUACCGUGAGCGCUGACACACCGCCACCGCACCACGGGCUACAGACCAGCGUGCAGUGAAUGCAGGGGGUGCAGCGCGAAGAGGGCCGCCGCCGCCACCUCCGCAGCCGCUGUCAGCACCGCCACGGUCGCCGCCGCAGCCGUCUCCGAGCAGCCGCCAAAAACCGCUCCUGCCGCC